UGCGGAGGGAAGGGGUGGCUGAUAAUAAUGGGGAAGUCCCAAACGUCCAAUCGCUAAACGACUCUCAUCAACUGCUAGAGCUGCUCGCUAGUGUUGGCACAGGCUGGUGCUGCCCUUGACCCUAGUGCCAGUUACCCAGGCGGCAGGUUCCAAUGGAAGCAGAUUAAGUUAUUGCAUGCAGCUGCAUCAUACACCAUGUCAUCAUGCGUGUCCAAGAGGGCUUCUUCUGAGAGGUCCAUCCUACAAGAUGAUCAUGAGACUACAAUUCAACCUCACAUAGUCUGUAACUUUUCAACCCUGAGCAUUGACCUAGGCAUGGAAUCAGUUAUAGUGGUAACAGAAUAUGAUUCAGGUAUCACUGACAUAGAGUCUGAGCAGAAUGGGCAGUCCAGGCAUCAAGAUGUUGAAUUCAAGGAGAACAGUGAAGUGGAAACUGACUUGCACAGAAUAAAUGAAAGUGAAUGCAAGCUUGAUGACCGUAAAGUGCUUCCAGUAGGCCGUAAAGAUUGCAAAGGCAAACUCAACAUGACCAAUAGAAAACUCUCCCUUCAAGAACGAUCUCAGUCUACCCCAGCUUCUAGUAAUAGCCUAGGAAUGAAUGGACGAUAUAUUUAUCCUUCGCUGCCAUACUCUCCAGUCACAUCACCACAGUCCUCUCCUCGUCUGCCACGCAGGCCAACUGUAGAGUCUCACCGUGUUUCCAUCACAGGUUGUCAGGACUGUGUCCAACUGAACCAGUAUCAGUUAAAAGAUGAAAUUGGGAAGGGCUCUUAUGGGGUGGUAAAACUGGCCUAUAAUGAAGAUGAUAACACGUACUAUGCAAUGAAGGUUCUUUCAAAGAAGAAGCUUAUGAGACAAGCAGGAUUUCCACGCCGACCCCCUCCCAGAGGUGCCAAAACAGCUACAGAAGGUGGUGUUCAGGCCAUGGGGCCCAUUGAGAGAGUCUACCAGGAAAUAGCUAUUCUGAGGAAGUUGGAUCAUCCAAAUGUAGUCAAGCUGAUUGAGGUGCUGGAUGACCCUAGCGAGGACCAUCUGUACAUGGUGUUUGAGCUGGUGAGGCGUGGACCAGUGAUGGACGUUCCAACAACCAAACCAUUAACUGAAGACCAAGCUCGCUUCUACUUCCAGGAUCUGAUUAAAGGAAUAGAAUAUUUGCAUUAUCAGAAGAUUAUACACCGUGACGUCAAGCCAUCUAACCUCCUGCUGGGAGAGGAUGGGCACAUUAAGAUCGCUGACUUUGGUGUCAGUAAUACAUUUGAAGGGAACGAUGCCUUUCUGUCCAACACAGUGGGAACACCUGCAUUCAUGGCUCCAGAAACCCUCUCUGAAACCCGCAAAAUAUUCUCAGGAAAGGCACUGGAUGUUUGGGCAAUGGGUGUGACUCUGAAUUGUUUUGUAUUUGGUCAGUGCCCAUUUAUGGAUGAAAGGAUUCUAGCUCUACACAGCAAAAUAAAGAAUCAGCCACUGGAGUUUCCUGACCAGCAUGACAUCUCAGAAGAUCUAAAAGACCUAUUGUUACACAUGCUUGACAAAAAUCCAGAAUCUAGGAUUUCUGUGCCUGAAUUAAAGCUUCACCCGUGGGUCACCAAGCAAGGACUGGAGCCCCUGCCAACAGAGGAUGAGAACUGCACACUGGUGGAAGUGACAGAGGAAGAGGUGGAGAAUUCAAUCAAGCACAUCCCAAGCUUGGCCACUGUGAUCUUGGUAAAAUCAAUGCUACGGAAACGUUCUUUUGGGAAUCCAUUUGAGGGGAGCAGGAAAGAAGAAAGAUCCAUGUCCUCUCCAGGAAAUCUGCUAAUAAAAAGACUGAUCAGGAGAAGUGAAAUGUAGCUGCAUUUUCAGCAGCAAAAGGAUACAAGGAAGCGAGGAGAGUUUGCGAGAGAGCGAUUUACAGGAGGUAGGGGAGGAUGAAGUUUUAUCCUGAGCCCUGCGGCACUGAAGGUGUUGUGGUUCAGAGUUCACCCUACAAAACACCUGCUGCUGGGAGAGACCUCUGUGUGGGAAACACACCCUGUGUAAGCCGUGCAUGCUGCUACCGAUCAGUUCCGAAUGAAGAUCUUAUGUUAUCGCAUGCGCUGAAGACUGUAAUGUCCUGCCUUGGGAAGUAAAAUCUAUCGUCGAGUCGUUUUUAACGUAUUGGUAACUUUGCCAUGGGCUUGCUCUUCCAGAGUCUCCUGGAGACUGAUCCAGAGAAGGUGCUUAUUUUGUAUGUUGCAAAAAAACAAAACAAAUGAAGUGGCUUGUAGCAAAUGUCUUAAUGCCAAAUACCACACUCACUCACUCACAGCUGCACUAAUGAGGGGGGGGGGGGGGGGGGGGGUGAAUCAUUUUACGGAAAAGCCUGUGCUGAGCUAAUCUGCAGCAUGCUACUUAUUACUCACUGGCAAUAAAGUGCUUGCAGGAAACAUCUUUGAUGCAAGUAAGGGCCAGAUUAUGAUCAGCCCAUUAUCUACAAGAUUGUUCCGGUAUGUUGAAAGAUUGGCUUUUUUCAUUGCUGAAACCCCUGCUUUAUUCUGCUUCAUAUUGCAGCUGCGUUACCAUGAGCAAGUAAAGGUGGCUCCUGCUUAAUUAAGGAGAUAUUAAGAGGGAUAAUAAGAAAUAUCAGAAAUUUUACAAAAGGCUUUAAACAUUCUAGCUGUAGCACAAAGACAUAAGGCAAGGUGGGGUCCAAGUUCAACAUGACAGUGAAUUGGAAUGUUAUUGGGCUGAGCAAAUACUGACAUCUGUGCCAACUGAUAUAAAGUAAAUGGACAUAUUAGUACAGUAUAUUAGUGUAGUAUCAACAUUAGGAGGGUGUUAGGGCUUUAUUUUUGUGAUAUGAGCAUAAUAUAGAGAUAAUAAUUUAUAGAAAUGGAGCAGAUCUGUGUGUCUCAGUUCAUUUCAGCAGAAUGAUGUUACUGCUCGGAUGGCACUAAAAUGCUUAUAUUCCCAGCUGGGGCUUUAGAGUUUACAAAAAAAAGUGUGUAUUCCCAGGUGCAGUAACCCAUAGCAACCAAUGAGAUGUUUACUUUUAAACAGCUGAACAGUAAAUUUGACCGGUUGAUUGGAUGCUAUAGGUUACUGCACUUAUGUGUUUUAUUCCGUAAAUUACAUAUUACUUUUCUACUCCAAAGCGAGUGGAACUUUGACCAAGUGACACAUUUUUCAUGAAAUGUCAGUGCCUUGGAUCUGCAACACUUACAGUUAGCUGUGAGAAGACUUAGGCAUUUAGGCAAUAAGAUCUGGCCUGUUUACUUACAAAUCAGAAUGGGAAGUCUAAAUAUGCCUGCACAGGACAUAAGCAGCACAGCAACAAGAAAUAGAAUCGCUGUUUGCUAUUCACUGAAGCAAUUGUUUUUGUAAUGUUAUAUGUGCAGUGCUUGUGGAGCCUGAACAUAGACAUGUAUUGACUUUCUUUAACUACAACCCUUGUACUCACAUGCAGAGUAAAUACAUGGUUACAGUAUGGAGGGUAUUUUCUUACAAACACUUGAAUUAUAUUAAAUGAUGUUGGGAUGUGUAUUAGGGGACACAGAUUCAUUUUCAAUAUUAUCUUUGCGGCCCAAAAAUUGGUUUAGAAUCUGUUACGUUCCUCAUUCUAAUUAAUAUUUUCUAUUGUAGAAAGUGUAUAUAUUAUUCAGUCAUACAAUGACUAUGAAGAUUCUCAUUCAUCCAACUCAAUGAUAUACAGUAUCUAGUAGAAUUAAGUAAAGCAGCUGGACUUUGAGUUUUCGUGAACUCAAACUUUUCAAGAAAACCUCAGUUGCUUUAGACUUUAUUCUACUAAAUACUAGUCUAGGUAUCCAGUCAGCACCUUUGGCAAUCUCUUCUUUAUCCUAACAGCCAUAAACCCCAGAGAGCCUGGGGUUAGUUUUAGGGCUGGGCGAUAUACCGUUUAAUACCGAAUACCGGUGGUUUUUUUUAAAACUAUAUUCAUUUUUCAGAUACCGCAAUACCGGGGUGUCAGGGUACUCACCCGUGCGCCUCCUUGCGUCAAAGCGCAUGUACAUGUUAAAGCGUGCACGUCUGCGCAUGCGUGGGGUUUUUUUAAAGCUAUCAAACGCCUCCUCCUGUGCUAUGUUGUCUGCGGCCUUGCCUGGGAAACUAAGUCUGCCUGAUUUACCUUACGACUUUCUGUUGCCGAUCCUUCGCUUGCCUGACUCUGAUUUUCAAUACUGCAGUAAUUAUUCUCUAAUUUAUUAGGAAAUGGGGUUAACACCUAAUCAUGCAUGGAAAAAAAAAAUACCGUCAAAUACCGUGACACCGAUAUAAUUUUGAAAAAUACCGUGAUAUAAAUUUUUGGUCAUACCGCCCAGCUCUAGUUACUUUACAAAACGUAAGCCUCAUUAAAAUGCUGCCAUUAGAAACUGCCUACAAGGGACUGUGAUGCUGAGUCCAGCAUCUUUGGUAGUUAUUCAUGUAUUGUAUUCCCCCUUGGUAUUUAAUUAAAACAUUGUUGCCAUGUGUGUAUAAAGUGAUAUAUAUAAGGCAUUGUGUUGAUGGGAUACAUACAAAGUCAAGAGAAAACACACACACUGAGCAGUAAGUUUUGUGUAUUUACAGAGACAUAUAUACUGUAAAGACUACUGUGUAAGUGCCAUCACUUUUGUACCCAAGCCUGUAGUUACAGUUCUUUCUUUCAGGCCCAGUGCAGCAAUCUGUAGAUUACGGCAAAUGCCAAAGGGGCAGCUGUAAGAUGGCGGACAGUCACUAUGCUGUUAGGUUGUUGUAUACACUACAGACGAAUGCAAUUACAAUCUUAUUGUAGUUAACACAAUAAUGCACCAGGGAAUUUCAGGGUGUCCAUUCACUUAAAGGGACAAGAUCCAGUUGGCAAAGAGUUGGUUUGACCCAGCACGUGAGCCAAGCAAUCACAAUCUUCUUUAUGCCAAUAAAGAACUAGGGAAACCAAACUAUAAGGAGCUUAUAAUAUUGUGGGUAACCUGGUUCUUAUUUGAAGUAGCUUGCUCUGAUGACCUAGCGCAGUGCUUGAUGAGCAGAGGCCCAGUAACCCUUUAGGCCAGUGAUCCCCAACCAGUGGCUCAGGGGCAACAUGUUGCUCACCAACCCCUUGGAUGUUGCUCUCAGUGCCCCCAAACCAGGGAGUUAUUUUUGAAUUCCUGACUUGGGGGCAAGAUUUGGUUGACUAAAAACAAGAUUUACUUCCAAAUAAAGCCCCCUGUAAGCUGAUAGUGUGCAUAGAGGCUGCCUAAUAGCCAGUCUUAGCUCUUAUUUGGCUCCUCCAUUAACUUUUAUGCUGCUCGUGUUGCUCUCCAAGUCUUUUUACAUUUGAUUGUGGCUCACAAGUAAGAAAGGUUGGGGACCCCUGCUUUAGGCCUAUCACUAUUUUUUGCCAGUCUAUAUUGGUGCCUCAUGGCUUUCUCAGAGAUCAGCUUGGUGAAACCUUCCCUGCAUCAUUAGUGUGUCGGUGUCACAUCAGACACUUCCCAAUGGGGCUUUAUGCUACAACCAUAAGGGGCCCUGGCAAGCUUUUUAACACUCAUGUGCUGGAUACACGUGGUGAGAAAAUGUCUGUCUAGCCUCUACCUCAGAGACAGAAGUGCUACUGCCAGGCCACCUUUCUUGAAAACAAUAACACAUCUUCUAUAUUUAUUACAGCAGGUACAGUUAGUUGGUCUUUCAGAUAAUACAUAAUAUUUAAGUAGAGUGCAUGAUUGCUUUUACAUUUUAGGGAAUGCUACAAUCAAAUGUUGUAUUUUAAAUAGAUGUGCUUUCUGUUGUGAAUUACCUCUUUAUUCCUUUUUUUUCACUUGAAACUGAGCCUGAAAAAGACAUUGUCAGAGCUCAAAAUCUGCACAUUUAACACCUCUCCUGCUAUUUAUACAUUUUCAGCUUAUAUUUUGUAUGUGAAAACCACAAGUUUUAGGAGAGUGCCAAUCAAAAAUAUGAUUCGUUUUGCUGGAAUUCUUUCAUUCCUGAGAAGUUCCAUUUGCAAAAAAAAAAGAGAUUUACACAGAAAUAGAUUUUUAACUUCAGUUCGGAUUGGUUGGUGUCCGUACAGGCAAAAAGCAACACAUAUAAUUUGUAUGGUUUAAUAAACAUUUGUUAAUUAUUGCAUGACCAGUUAGUAUACAGAUUUCUGGAGAUGUGUAUUUUGGGUGCAAAGCCCCUAAUAGCUGCUAACCUUGUAUCUCUUUAUGUACAUGUUUUAUAUAUAAACCUAUAUUUCAGCUUUUUGUAUGCAAUGCACAAAUGUUUUCUGAAUUAUAAAUAAAAAUAAAUUUUUUCACACCAACUCAUUUCAAGCUUAUGUGCUCAGUGAGAUUUGCGGUGUUGCUUUAAAAAUAACUGCCGUAUACCGUAGAUUUAGGCUCUAGUGUUUUUAUAUUACUGCUGCCUUUAUUUCAUUUUAAUGCUUUAUUUUACCAAGCUGCAUAAUGUUUAAAUACUGUGUAUUUAUCUUUAUCAUUGAAAUAAACUGAUUAUGAAACUUAA